AUGGAAUCGAUAGGCCCCAAAAACAGCCUUCUCUACAAAGACUUUGAAAGUCAUCCUGCAGCCGUCGUCAAGUACGGGAGAGGAAUCUACCUCGAGACCGAAGAUGGGCGAACGAUCCUUGAUGCGACAAGCGGGGCUGCUGUCGCGUGCUUAGGAUAUGACAAUCGUGAGGUCCAAAAGGCCGUUGCACGUCAAUUGAAGGAUCUUUCCUACUGUCACCCGGGUUUCUACAAGGCAAAGGUAGCAGAAGACCUGGCUGGGUUCUUAGUCGAUUCAACUGAUGGCCGGAUGUCGAAAGCCAUCCUUUGUGGAUCAGGCUCUGAAGCUGUAGAAGUAGCAGUCAAGUUAGCAAAGACUUACUUCGCGCACCUCUCUUCUCCUCAGCCCGAACGUACUCACUUUAUCGCAAGAACCGGUGCCUGGCAUGGAGCGACCCUUGGAGCCCUCACACUGGGCGAUUUCAGAGGACGAAAGGACCCGUUCAUGGACUUGAUCCCCCAGACAGCAUCUAGGGUGUCGGCAUGUAGUACCUACCGCGGCUUGCGGAAAGGCGAAUCUGUGGAAGCUUAUGUAUGCCGACUAGCCCAAGAGCUAGAUGACGAGUUCCAGAAGAUCGGUCCUCACAGAGUAUGCGCCUUUGUUGCCGAGACUGUAGGUGGUAGUGCAAGCGGUUGUGCGACACCGGUUCCAGGAUAUUUUCCAGCAAUGAAAGCCGUAUGUGCGAAAUACGGUGCACUUCUCAUCCUUGAUGAGGUAAUGUGCGGUAUGGGGCGUACAGGUACCCUUCAUGCCUGGGAACAAGAAGCAAUAGUCCCAGAUAUCCAAACGGUCGGUAAGGGCCUUGGUUCCGGUUACGGCGCAAUCUCAGCUGUCCUUGUCAACGCAAAUCUCGUCGAUUCGUUCAGAGCAUCUGGCAAAUCAUUCGCUCAUGGGCAAACUUAUAUGGCUCAUCCUUUAGCGGCUGCUGCAGCUCUGAGAGUUCAACAGGUUAUUAAGGAAGAAAACUUGGUGGCGAAUGUUAGCAAGAUGGGUAGUUAUCUCGGGCAAAGACUCAAAUCGAGAUUAUCAUCCCAUCCUUUCGUCGGGGACAUCCGCGGUCGCGGAUUGUUCUGGGCAGUGGAGUUUGUAGUUGACAAGCACUCCAAGAAACCUUUCCCAGCAAGUCUAGGAUUGAACGGUCGGAUGCACGCUCGUGGUAUGAAAAAGGGGUAUGAAGUUGCUUUGUUCAAUGCCAACGGGACAUAUGAUGGUUAUGCUGGCGACCACUUUUUGGUUUGUCCACCAUAUAUAGUCUCAGAGGCCGAGGUCGAUGAUAUUGUGGAAAGGGUUUCGAGGGUUAUUGAAGAUACAUUUGCAGAGUUAGUUGAACUAACUCCGAAGGGGCAAUAUCUGAAUGGUGUUCAUUAA